UCAUAGCGCUGAUAAGUCACAGAUGUUUUUUUACAUUACAUACGUGUUUGCGAUUUUAUCGUUUUUAAUGCAAAAUUUUGCUAAAGAAACUUCAAAACUCAAAUCGAAAAUAUUUGAUAAAGACUUGUGAUAAAUGCUCAAUAGACCUCGUUUGUUUGUUAUUACCAGUAACAUUAAGUGACAUUAACAAUUUCAAUAUUUUGGUGGCACAAUGACGUCCGAAGAGGAAAACAAUCCAUUCAGAGCUCUGAUUACGGAAAGUAAAGAAAAAACUGAAAUAUCAUCAUCAUCAUCACCUCAAAUGCAAAUUAACCCUUUAGAUAAGAAAAUAAACAGUUUGGUUGAAGAUGUGUUUAAAAUCAGUGUCAACGCGAAUCCAAUGCGAAAAGUACAAUUGGUUUUCAUGGAAGACUUUGCUGAACGAUCGAAUUGUUGGAGUUUAGACAUUCUCAGCGCAGCCCUGUUCGAUCGUUUAAUGAUGGACCAGCCACAGGAUUUCGUUAUACCGAAUGAUGUGCUUGAUGACAAUACGAAUUACGUUGUGGAGAGUCGUGCGCUGGUGUAUCUAUUUCAAUGUUAUGCGAGGAAUGCCAAGAACAAUACCCCCAAUGACUCAAUCAAACUGGACGCAUAUUCGAAGAUCAAAGAGAUGAUUUUGCUGAAUACGGGCACACUGAUAAAACAACCGGACAUAAGAGGACAGUGCAUCAGCAGUCAAAUCAUUCACAUUUUUUCGAAGGAAGAUGACGAGGUAGUGGGGGAAUUCUUAUCGGGACUUGUUAAAGAAGUCUUGAGCGACGGUGAUCCUGACAGCUAUCAAGCCUUAAAAACGGUAUUCGACUCAGUUUUUGCUGAUAUGAAGCGACGUGUACAAGCUGCAACAUUAAUUACUUUGGAAGGGUGGAUCAUUCCUUCAUUGAUGCACUUUGUUAGUGACAAAUCAAAUCCGAAAUUAGCCGAAUUUUUGCUGGACAACAUAACGCCAGCAGCACAGGAAAAGUCCUGUCUGUUUUCGGCAUCGUUAGUGGGGCAAUUGCUACGAUUGUCAAUUUUGCCUAAAAACGGUGACUUAGACCGUUACGAAUAUUAUGACAAUCCGCUGGACGCUCAGUCGCAGUCCCUGAAUUCAUCACUGUACUCGGCUUUGACCAGUCACUUAGAUUCGAUGCAUCGACUGUUUAAAGGUUUUCUUUUGAUUGGAAGCGCAGUGCGAGACAAAUUGUUGCAGUGGUUCGGUAAUUGCUUGCAUGUGAAUGCGCCCAGGGGUCAAAUUUGGAAUCCGAUGAUGGCUGGAAACCUAUCGAUUGUCAAUCAACCAUACACCGCACCCGAUUCAUUCAUGAUUGGCCUAACCGGAGUGUUGUUGAGAUUGUGUCAGCCACUGUUCCGGCCGAACCUUAAAGUUCUACUAGUUGACCCGACGUACUGUGCAGCCAAAACUGGUGAUCAGGCAGUACACAUGAUAGACAUAAACAAGGAGACAUGCCUGCUGCCGUCAACCGAAAACGAAGAGCGAAUCACAUCUGAAACGUACAAUUUCAUAACCGAAUGUUUUUACAUGACCCACAAGGCCAUUGACCUGAGUUAUCGCAUUUGUAUUGAGAAAUUUUUCAAAAUGAAUCGACAAGUUGCACGGCUACAAAAUGAAUACCAAGCGGCACUGGCAUCGGGUAGCACACCGGACUCGCUGGUUGUGGACCAAUUCAAGAGCGAAAUGAAACGAUUUUUGAGUCUGCAGAAUACCUUGAUCGAACCCUUCAACGAUUCGUUGCUGUUACAUUUUUACGAAGCCACUGCAAUUUGGUUGGCACAAAUCGCGGGCAUGGACUCUGUCUCGUCCGAUAAAGGAUUUGCUCCACAAACUGCUCACCCUAUUGAUUUACCUCUCACGAAACCACCGUCCGUGUUUCUGAAAUCGAUUCCCGAAUUCCUACUGGAGAACAUUGUGGUUUACUUGACGUUUAUUCGACACUUUGAAUCACAGGCCAUCGACACUGACCUCAAAGCUCAGAAUGCGCUUUUCACAUUGAUUUUGAUUUUCAUUGGUGAUUCAAACCGUGUACGAAAUCCUCACCUACGAGCUAGACUGGCCGAAGCUCUCGAAAGUUUAAUUCCCCAAUCGAAACCAGGUGUCAGCAUGUUUCGAACCAGUUGGAAAUCGGCGUUGUUCACCAGUCAUCCGCAUCGUCUGGAAAUUGUGCGAAAUUUAUUGAACGUGUUCGUUGGCAUAGAAGUUACCGGGCAGUCUGUAGCAUUCGAACAAAAAUUUAAUUACCGCCGACCAAUGUACAUUAUAAUGGAAUAUCUGUGGAGCAUGGACGAACAAAAGGAGUGCUUUAAGGCGUUGGCAUUGGAGGCCGAACAGAAUAUGGACGCCGUGGAUCCGCCAAUAUUUUUACGAUUCAUUAAUUUACUAAUAAACGAUGCAAUCUAUCUACUCGACGAAUCGCUGUCGAAUUUACAGCAAAUCCGUACGUUACAGCACGCCCGAGACAGUGGCGAAUGGAAUUCACUGCCGGCGACUGAGCGAAAUCAAAAUGUGAGAAACUUGGAGCAUCUGGGAAUGAUUGCGAAAUUUGAUAACAUUAUGGGCAAAGACACGAUCAACAUCCUGAAACUGUUAACGUCGGAGAUUAACGGUACCUUCUGUGCACCAUCAAUGGUUGAUCGUGUGGCAGCAAUGUUGAACUAUUUCCUGUUGAAUUUGACCGGACCGAAUAAUAGAAAUUUCAAUGUUCGAGAUAAAAAGGAAUUUCAAUUUGAUCCGGCGAAUACGGUCCUGGAAAUUUGUCGAAUCUAUACAAAUCUACAAAACAGCAGAGCCUUCUGUUUAGCGGUUUCGCAGGACGGCCGAUCGUACAGUCAAAAACUAUUUGAAUAUGCCGAGCAGGUGUUAGUACGAAUUGGUGGCGGGCAGCUGAUAGGUGAAAUAAGUGACUUUGCGUUGAAUGUCCACCGAUUGGAGCAAGAAGAAAAAGCUCAUCAAGAAGCCUUAACCGACGCACCAGAUGAAUUCCUGGAUCCAAUAAUGUCUACCCUUAUGCUAGAUCCAGUCAUCUUGCCCAGUUCGAAAGUUACUGUCGAUAGAGCCACCAUUGCAAGACAUUUGCUUUCAGAUCAGUCGGAUAUGUUUAAUCGUGCGCCAUUGACAAUGGAUCAAGUGAUGCCAAACACGGAACUAAAGGCGCAAAUCGACGCAUGGGUCAAAGAGAAACUAGCUGCAUAUAAUGCGAACACCAGCAAAGAGAAUAAUUAACGUUCGUUUACCUGUUACCAAUUUGAAUUCAGUUUUAAUUUUUUUACAUUGAAAUCAUCACAAAUUUACCACAUUCCUUCCGCAUUCAUUUACAUUCUUAGUUGAAAAAAUUCUGUCAACUUUACCUAUUCCUUUCUGAUGGUAUAAUACGUACACAACAUAAUCAUUCGAGAUGCAAAUAAUGUCAAUGUAAAUGUCUCAAUAAAUGUUAUAUUACACAAGAGUA